UAGCGCCAGCGCUGAGAUCGGGAGGCGGCAAGAGGCCAGGAGGGAAGUGAGCGGUGUUGGAAGGCGAUAAGCCAGAUGAAGAAGAGACUCGCUAACUUAGUGAGCUGGGUGGGCUUCAGCACCCAUCAGAGAGCACGCAGGGAUCGUGAGAAGCCCGUGCCUGGGUAUCAUGUCGAUGUGAGAGAGCUGAAGAAGUUCCACAGAGCCGCAUAUUUAGGUGACAGGUGUACAGUGGAGGAGCUGCUGACAUAUAAGAGAAAUGUCGUAGACAGCAGAGACAGGAAGAACAGGACUGCCCUACACUUAGCCUGCGCCAGCGGCCAGUCACCAGUGGUGGAUCUCCUUACACAGUGGUGGUGUGAUCUGAAUGCUCGUGACAAGGAAGGCAAGACAGCUCUCAUCAAGGCUGUACAAUGCCGGAAAGAAGUGUGUGUCACUAUCCUGCUGAAACGGGGUGCUGACCCAAAUCUUGCGGACGACUGUCAGAACACUGCUCUGCAUUACGCCGUCUUGGCUGGAAAUACAUCAAUUGCAGCAGAGCUGCUCCGCUAUGAUGCAAAUAUUGAGGCGAUAAACAAGUAUAACUUGACACCAUUUUUACUCGCCGUCAGGAAGAACAAAGAAGAAAUGGUCAAAUUUUUGAUAGCGAACGGGGCAAAUGUACAUGCAGUCGACAAGCUGCAAAGAUCAGCACUGAUGCUUGCUGUACGUCAUGACUCACCGGACGUAGUCAAGCUGCUUCUUCAGAGACGUGUUAAUGCCGAUCUGCUAGAUGUACACGGACAGUCUGCUGAACGAUAUGCGUGUUCUAAUGGUUUUAAACACGUUGGUACUAAAACUGGUUUUAACAGGAUCUCCUCGGCAGCUGGGUCUGGGGUCUGGAUGUUGCUCUCUAAAGACCUUUAACAAAAUUUUAAAAGAAGAAAAGGAAAAAGAAACUGGUCCUGCAGUCGGGUCAUGAUUGACCUCUGCUCCCGGGAUGCCUGUGCUGAUCCAGUUUCCGCGGUCUUCGUGGCGAUGGACACGUAAACUUCAGAGUGACAGCUUGUUUAGUUCUCAUACAUAUGCUUGUAUGAGGUCAUAUAUUUAUAAAUAAGUUUAACUACAAGUUAGAUAGUAGCUGAGGUGCCCUGAAGUAUAAACCACGAAGAACAGCUAAUCACCGUAAUUUGUAACAUUUUCUGAAAACUGCCACAUUUAAAUGUUACACCUAUGAAAAAAAC